AUGCCGCUAUACAACAUAACAAUUGAUGAUAUAUCUGCUCUAAUUGAAUAUACACCUGCUGGUCGGCCAUGGACAGACUCGCCGACGAGCGACCAAGAGUUACACAACUAUUGGGAUGGAACUUACCACUCGUCGGAUCGGUUUGGUGCCCGAGCGUCCUUUCGGUUUCAGGGCACUGCUGUCUGGCUCUACGCUGCUAAACGGUCCAGACAUGGCCCAUUCGAGAUUCUUCUGGACGGACAGAAAGUAUACGACGGCGAUGGCUAUUCAGCUUCACCGCUUUAUGACCAAGUCAUGUACAACGCCACCGAUCUCGCCCCUACAUGGCACAACCUCACUUGUAUCAAUUCAGACCCCACCAACCAAACGUUUACAGAGGUCGAUUACAUUCGGUGGACGACCGUCAUGCCCGAGACGUUGGCCGAGUCGUUGGGGACGACGAUCCCGUACUCCCCAAAUAACAUGUCUUACAGCUCCCUAAGCGCGUGGACCGAAGACGCUGUAGGGAGCAACCCUUCCAUGGCUACUACUACCGAUGGCGCAAGUGUUAACAUCACGUUCAAUGGGAAUGGGAUUGAGCUCUAUGGAAGGACUGGGCCCUCUUUUGGCUGGUUCAGUGCACAAGUUGACGAGCUUGAAGAGCUUCGAUUUAAUGCAAAUAGCGAACAAACACACAAUACACUGCUUUUCCGACAAGACAACCUCACAUCUGGAUCCCAUAACCUCAUUGUGACGAAUCGUGGUACCAGACUUGCUAUCACCUCCGCCAAACCCAUCCUUUGGAGAGAUCCGAACGAGCCCUCUUCAGACAACGGAUCCGAUAACCAUACAACCAAUAUAGGAUUGAUUGUGGGUGUCGUUGUGGGCGUAGUGGUUGGUCUAUCGGCGAUUGCGUUUAUUUUGCUCUUCGUCCUGCGAAGGCGACGAAGAAAACAACGAGACAACGAUCUUAGGGUCCGUCCCUCCAACGAACCCGCUUUCCUAGAUGCCACACCAUUUGAACUCCCCGCCUCUCCGAAUGAGCGAGCCUCUUCCAUCCAACCCCCAUCCUCUACCCGAAAUAGCAAAUAUCGUAAUGAGAGCUCUCAGGGUAGCUUUGAGGUUCCGCAUCAUCUUGCAGUGCCUGGUUCGAGUACUGGGGGCAGCUCUGAUCCAGCAACUUCCACCAAUGCUUCGAGAAUAGGAGGAAAAUCUCGUUAUUCGGCCGAGCCAACAUCGCGAGACGAAUUGCCAGAGGGUGUGGCUGUAAUAAGAGACAGUGAUGCUGGUCCGAUACUCCUUCCGCCAGCAUAUAGCACUGCAACCGAAGCACGGGCGCCUGUAGAACUUCCUGAGUCGUUUAAUCCAUCGACCUCGAGUUUUGCAUCUCCAGCAGUACCCACCCCUGUUUCGUCUGCGCCCAUUUCUUCCACACAUCCCCCCUCCCCCUCCAUUCCCAUAUCGAACACCCCAGGUCUGCCACCUGGAGCUGCAUCUCCUAUCGUUCCCAAUUCUAAUCUUGGCAAAAGAUAG